AUGGAGGCACCCUUAAACCCCCCGAAAGUGCCACUGAGCAGCGUUAAAUCUUUCGCAGCAGAGAUAGCAAGCCCUUGGAUCGUAGCCUGGGAGCCUAUCAAGUCUCUCCUCGACCCAACGAACGACCAAGACGACUUGACGCGAAAAUGGUACGAGGCGAAGCUCGCUGAGCUCUCCUUCACCGGGCUGACCAGCGCCCUCCUCGCAAGCCUCAUUAGCGGCGCAAUGCAAUGGCCAACUACACAAAAUACGACUUGGACUAUCCAAGCGUGCUGGUACGGCGGCUUAAUGUUCAUCGUGGCUAGCAUUGCAAGUGCGACGCAGCAAAGCAUCAUGCUGUACCGAUUCAACAGCCACCCAGAGCAUCUGUCGCGGGUGAGGGGUAUGCUGGGGUACUACGACUCGGUGGGGAGGCGUCGGCCACGACUUGUGCAAGUCUUUGUGUGGCAAAUUCCGGUUAUGAUGCUCAGGUUUGGGAUCUACCUCUUCUUGGUGGGGUUGUUUAUCUUGCUUUGGCAUGCGGCGAUAAAGGAUGGCGUGUGGCAGCCGGAUGAACGGAAGAUUGCGGUUAUGGUUAGUGCUAUUGCUGCGUUUGCGCUGUUCUGCCAUGGGCUUUCGGUAUAUUUCGGUUAUUCUGGCGACUUCGACUGA